CCGCGGGGCAGAUGCACGCGCUUGGGCCCGGCUAGCAGGCGCGAGCAGGCGCUGGGCGCGCGAAAGCGAAAGAAGGAAGAGGAAGGGAGGGCGGGGGCGGGGUGUCGAGGAGGGGCGGGAGGAGGAAGAGGAGGAGGUUGGAGCGCGCUCGCGCCUGGCCCCGCGCCCGCGCGGAGGGAGGGGGAGAGGGGCGCGCGCGCGCACGCUCGCGCUCUCGCUCGCUCCAUCCAUCCAUCCUCCGGUCGCGGCACGCGCGCGCACUCCGGGCUCGCGCCGCACCCCCCGCCCGGGAGAGGCGGGCUGGAGUGGGGGGCGGGGGGAGGGGCGCGCGGACGGCGCGCGGACUGCGCGCGGGCGGGGUGAGGUGAGGAGGAGGAGGCGGCGACGGGACGAGAAGGGAGGGGAAGGGGCCAUGGCCGCCCGGUGAGGCGGCGAGGCGGGGGGGCGGCCCGACCCCCCGGCCCCGGGCCCUGGGCCCCGGGGGGCGGCGAGGACGGACCGACGGACAUGGGGCUCCGGAGCAGCCGCCGCCGCCGCCGCCGCCGGAGGACGCGGCCCUGAGAGGCCGCCGGGCCCCGGCGCGGCCCCCCGGGCGGGCCGUGUUGCCACCCGCUGUGCUAUGAGCAGUCAGAGCGCCGUCUCCACAAGAGUUUACAAAUGAAAAUGGAGGAAAUGUCUUUGUCUGGCCUGGAUAACAGCAAACUAGAGGCCAUCGCUCAGGAGAUCUACGCGGACCUGGUGGAGGAUUCUUGUCUGGGAUUCUGCUUCGAGGUACACCGGGCUGUCAAGUGUGGCUACUUCUUCCUGGACGACACGGACCCUGAUAGCAUGAAGGAUUUUGAGAUCGUGGACCAGCCGGGGUUGGACAUCUUUGGACAGGUUUUCAACCAGUGGAAGAGCAAGGAGUGUGUCUGCCCCAACUGCAGCCGCAGCAUCGCCGCCUCCCGCUUCGCUCCCCACCUGGAGAAGUGCCUGGGGAUGGGCCGGAACAGCAGCCGGAUCGCCAACCGCAGGAUUGCCAAUAGCAACAACAUGAACAAGUCUGAGAGUGACCAAGAGGAUAACGAUGACAUCAAUGACAACGACUGGUCCUAUGGCUCAGAGAAGAAAGCGAAGAAGAGGAAGUCAGACAAGCUAUGGUAUCUCCCAUUCCAGAACCCUAAUUCCCCUCGAAGAUCCAAGUCUUUAAAACACAAAAAUGGGUUCUCUGUCUGUACCUCUGCAUCAAACACCCUUCCCCUUCUUUUUUCUUCUUCAGGGGAACUUAGCAAUUCGGAUCCUUUUAAGUAUAACAACUCCACUGGGAUCAGCUAUGAGACCCUGGGGCCAGAGGAGCUGCGGAGCCUGCUGACCACGCAAUGUGGGGUGAUUUCUGAACACACCAAGAAGAUGUGCACAAGGUCCCUGCGCUGCCCACAGCACACGGAUGAGCAGCGGCGAGCUGUGCGGAUUUAUUUCCUCGGACCCUCGGCCGUCCUUCCGGAGGUGGAGAGUUCCCUGGAUACUGACAGCUUUGACAUGACUGACAGCCAGGCCCUGAUCAGCCGCCUUCAGUGGGACGGCUCAUCGGACCUCUCACCCUCCGAUUCAGGCUCCUCCAAGACGAGUACCAACAGCUCCGAGUCGCGGAAAACCAAGAAGAAGAAAUCCCAUCUGAGCCUGGUGGGGACUGCCUCCGGCCUGGGCUCCAACAAGAAGAAAAAGCCAAAGCCACCGGCCCCCCCAACGCCCAGCAUCUACGAUGACAUCAACUGACUUGGGUGCAAAGGAUAGCCUUUGGCUGGGCAGAGCCCUCUUGCCAGACCCCCGCCCGGGUGGCAGAGCCUGGCGAAUGGACGGCUACUGGGGGUCUGGGCUCGGGAAGCUUGAUGAGCCAGGCAGACAGAGGACCCGGUUAUGCGCCCCUGGGGGGUGGCGGGGUCCUCUGCGAUGGUGCACGAUCCCUCGGCAUGCAGGACUCAGACCUGGACAUAUUAUGCCUUGGACAUAAGUUUGGUGGGGAGGCGGUUUUCCUAUUUAUUCUGUGAGUUACUGGAUGUCCAGCUAGGCCCGGGGCCUGACUUGGGCACAGUGCCAGGGCACUGCCUGCCCCCCACCCCAGGAACUGGACUAAGCCCUGCCGAGGAGCGCGGUUGCUCCCCGGGAAGCUGUGGGUGGAAGCUGAGCCUGGAGGGAGCCGUGCCCAGCUGCCCUCAGCAAUGUGAAUGGGUCCGGUGCUUGGAGCUGAGGGGGCAGGGCUGGGCGCGCCCUGUCUGUGCAGACCCUGCCGCGUGCAUGCCCCCCGCCCCGGGGGCCGGCAGGCAGGCACAGCGAGCUGUCUGCAGGGGCAGACGUCCAGAUCUGCCACCGCCAUCCCUGCCCCUCACAGGGGCAGCCCCUUCCCCUCAGUCCCCACGGGCCUCCUCUGCAGCAGGAGCUGUCCUUGUGUGGCUGGGCGCCAGGAAAGGGCCCCCGGCCUCAACAGCUUCAAGGAACAGGCGAGGCGAGGGUAGGAAGAGGGAGCUGGAUGUCAAAGUGACUCCCCUCGCCUCUCCUCCCUGACCCGGGCUGGUGAGGAGCGGGGGCCCAAGGGGAGAGGGAACGGUGCUGCUUUAUUUGAAAUGUUUUUCUUACCUCAUUCCCUGCCCCAGGAAGGGGCCCAGCCUCACCCUCCUGGGGUGGCCCCACGUUCCUCCUGCCUACCCUGCCCCACUGCCCUCCCGGGGCAGCCCGAGUUCCCAACUGCUGCUUGCCACGCCCCUCCCCCACCUCGACCAGCUUCAGUUCCUCCCGGAUGCUCCUGCCGCCCAAGCCUGCCCUCUUUCCCCUCCCGUAGCCGCUUUUAAGUUAUUUAUUCUGUACUUGUGGUUUGGGGCUCUGAGGAAAAUCCUAGUCUUUUUUACCUCUUCCCCUUUGGCUGAGAGUGGGCCGGGGAGGGAGAAGAGGGGAGUCUGAUCGGGGCUGUCCGUGGAGAAGGAAGGGGUGCCGUGCCUCGGCACUGCCCUCUGGGACGGUCAUGCCAGUGUGCUCACCUGCCUGGUCUACAUCGGAAGAGAUGUACCACCCUGCCGCCACUGCCCGGCAGCGCGGGCUGGGAACAGUGUUGGCGAUGGAGCGGGCCCUGAGCCACGGUCCCCUGCCCUCUGCCCUGAGGAGCCAGCCCAAGUUUGGGUAGCUAGUACCCAGGACUGGCCGGACUGAUUGGGGUUAGGGACCCUAGAGGGUUAAGGGAACAGAGAGAGACUGGGCAGGAAUGCCCUGUCAGAACCCCAUUCUCUCCCUGGGGUGGUUCGAAUUGCAGCUGACACCUGGUUACAAAUUGGUUUUUAGCCCAAGAAUUGUGAUUAUUUUUAAAAAAGCCAAACAAAUGUUGGCAGGAGUUCAGACUAAAUCCUGGGGCCUGGGUUCCUGUGUUCUUGACCUUCGACUCCCUUCCAGGGGGAAGUAGAGGAGGAUCUUGGUGAGCCCCCGGCCUGUCCCCGACCUACCAACCUGCACAAGCUUGGGGAGUGGGGUGCAGGUGGAGGGAGGCAGGCCCUGGUCACUACCUUUGAGGCAGCUCAGGCCCCACAGACCCUUCCCUUCCCCUCUGGCCUCACCUCCUCCCUCUUCUGAUUGGAGGAGGGAAUAGUGGGAAGCAGUUUGGGAACUGGUUUGUCCACAUCAACUUCCCCAUUGUUUCUGGCCCGCCCUCAGGGCAGAGCCCCCUGCCCAGGCUGGGUAAGCCACGGGCUUGGUCUAGCAGGAACCCUGAGGGAGCAAGCCCUUUUCUUUCCGGGGAGAAUGUGCCCCCCCCCACCCCCAUGUAGUCAAUAGGGGCUAGGAGCUCCCCUCCCCUCCCUCUUUAACAGCAGGCUCUGUGGGUGUCAGUUCCCAUCCUCCCCCACCCUGGCUAGGUGUUGUCCACCCUGUAUCCUAUCAUGUGUCUGAGUGUGUGUGUGGGGGGUUCUGUACUAAUUUCCAUGGCCGGUGGCUUUUCCUUCCAUGCAUCACUCCCCCCCGCAUGCCCAGGGGCCACCCGCCUGGCAUUACCGCAUGCUGGGGUCAUUGGGGGAGGGGGGUGGGGCUCACGCUGUCCUGUGGUCUUGAGAUUUUUAUUUUUGCAUAUGUAAUCCAUCCUGUACAGGUAGCUAACUUUGUAAGCGCUGUGUAUCUCCCCUGCCCCCAUGGCUGCUGGUGUAAAUAAAUGCAUCUCCCGUUGGUA